AGUGUGAGCUGAGUGAGAGCACAGGAGCUUCUCCACCUCUAGGACUCUCCUUUACACCUACUCUGCCAGCAGCUGGAAAGCCUGCUGAAAUGGAUAAUAAAUUUCACAGUAAAGGUUAAAAACAACUGAGGGAUCACCAUCAAGCAGCAACAGACUUUCCCUGUUCUUGGAGAUCCUUGUCGUGCCAUCUCAGUUAAAGGGUUGCCUAUGUACUGGCUGAUUAUGCCCGAGGAAAGCUAAUCAGUUCUCUGACAUUUGUGGAGAAGUAGGCCUGCGCUUUUUGGCACCAUGGAGGAUAUGUUAAAGGAUCAAGACUUUUGGUCCUUCAAUGAGUCAUUUAGAAACUCCAGCUUCAACAAUGAAACUUAUGGCGUGAACCAGACGGUGAACCCGCUGAAGCGGAACGAAGAGGUGGCAAAAGUGGAAGUCACUGUGUUGGCCUUGGUGCUCUUCUUGGCACUCGCUGGUAACCUUUGCGUCCUUGUUGCAAUCCACACGGCCAAGCACAGCCAAUCUCGCAUGUAUUACUUCAUGAAGCACCUCAGCAUUGCAGAUCUGGUCGUGGCUGUCUUCCAGGUACUCCCUCAACUCAUCUGGGACAUCACGUUUCGCUUUUAUGGCCCAGACAUCCUGUGCAGGUUGGUGAAAUAUCUUCAGACCGUUGGGAUGUUCGCCUCCACGUACAUGCUGGUGCUGAUGUCCAUAGACAGAUGUAUGGCGAUCUGCCAGCCCCUUCGUUCUUUGCACAAGCGAAAGGACCGCUGUUACGUGAUUUGCUCUUGGGCACUAAGCUUACUUUUCAGCAUCCCACAGGUUUAUAUAUUUUCCUUAAGGGAGGUGGGUUCAGGAGUAUAUGAUUGCUGGGGAGAUUUCGUGCAGCCGUGGGGAGCGAAGGCAUACAUUACAUGGAUUAGUCUGACUAUAUACAUCAUACCAGUGGGCAUUCUGAGCAUCUGCUACGGACUGAUAAGUUUCAAAAUAUGGCAAAACUUUAAAAGGAAGACGAAGAAGGAGCAGUGUAUCACUCUCACAUCCAAGGCAUCGAAAGGCAGCGCGCUCACGCGGGUCAGCAGUGUCAAACUCAUUUCCAAGGCCAAAAUCACCACCGUUAAAAUGACCUUUGUUAUCGUACUGGCUUAUAUAGUGUGCUGGACUCCGUUUUUCUCUGUACAGAUGUGGUCAGCAUGGGAUCCCGAAGCACCAAGGGAAGCAAUGCCCUUCAUCAUUUCCAUGUUGCUGGCCAGUCUGAACAGCUGCUGUAACCCCUGGAUCUACAUGUUUUUUGCUGGCCAUCUUUUCCAUGACCUGAAGCAGAACCUGCUGUGCUGUUCCACUCUCUAUCUGAAGUCCACUCAGUGCCACUGUGAUCCGGAGCAGGAUUCCCGUAAGAGCAACUCCUCCACCUACGUCAUCAAAAGUACCAGCAGCCAGCGAAGUAUCACCCAGACCUCUGUCACAUAAACUGGACAUACCUCAAAACCAGAUUUUCACAACCAGAUGAAGGACAGGAAAGCUCAAAUAUAAACCCAUACAAUACUGCAAAUGUCACUAUCAGUUUGCUUCUGCUGUGUUUUUGUUUGGGAAAUAUUUAGAAUGUAAUUUUAUUUACUCCACUUCGUUUUCUUAUCUCUGAGGACUUUGAGCAGCAGUAAUCAAUUCUUUACCUUUUUCUAGACAUUACAGAAAGAACGUCAUUCGAUUCCAGACCAGGUUUAUGGGUCCAUUUCCAUUUAGUCACGCGUCAUUUGAAUUGCUAUCUGAUUGUGCACGUGCAUUCGCUUUGGUGCACAUAAACGUCUCUUGGUGGGCACCAAAAUUGGCUGCACUUGAUGUGGCUCAUAAAAACAGGAUGUGGCUGAAUUAUCUUUGACAAUUGUGGUACUAAGAUAACUGUAAUGUGCCGUAUUUUGUUUGGGGCUCACAAAACCGCCAUGACACAUAUAUGAGGAGCAGAGUUUGCAUUUGUGGCCUCAACAACCAGAUGGAUUUACUCUUGGCUGAGUCUCAAAGCAAAAGAUCGGAUUUCUGUCAUGCUUAAACGUCUUAGAGUUUCCAAGUGUAAAUAUCCCCAAUAUGAUGUAAACAUGCAAAAACCACUAAACCAUAAAGGAAUAGUUCACCCCAAAAAUUUUAAUUCAUCAUUUACUCAUCCUCAUGUCUCCCCUUUAUGAAAAAAAGCAGUGAAACGUGAUAUGGUUUCCACUACUUACUUUCAAAAAUCAAGUUUGACUUACUUUGUAAUGACGACGUCAGCAGGAUUAUAUCAUUUUAUGGGUUAAAAGGAAGCAACUGUCCCUCACUACACAAAACAGUUCACAUAUGGAGGUUAACAACACACAGAUGAAAACAAGAUGUUGAUGACAUAUGAAGUGUUUCUUCUGAAACCUAAUGAGAAACAUGGCCAGUUGCUCUUUUUAAUGAACUUGACAUGUCUAAAGAGAAUACUUUUGUGUUGUUUGUUUUAAGAACACAAGCACUUUUCAUUUUUGGCACAUACUUGUUGUUGUUGUUAUCACUGUUCUUUAUCAUUUCACAUGUAAUAUUUAAUGUCAUGCCCAAAGGACCACAUCUCUUUGCAAAAUCUUUCUGCAAUGCAUCAUGGUAAUCAAAUAUGACAAACAUCCCGUUUGUUUUCAAAAAGUCAAGGACUGAUUGUUCACUCCUUCACUUUUAUAGAUGUUUGUCUAGUUAGAGAGAGUGCUUUUGUAAUCAAUUAGAUUAAAGUGUUUAUUACAGUUACACAUGUUGCUUGAAAUCGCUCUAAAACUUUGAUUUCUGCCUGUUUGUUGCUUCCUCUUGAUAUCAAAUAUUCGAAAAUAUCCUCGUUUACAAGAAAUUUCACAUAAUUGUUUAUGAGUGCUGCAAGAUAAGAAUGAUAAAGAAAAUGUUAAAGGCAGUAUUAACAGCAGAAAAUAUUUAUUUUAUAAGGUUUAAAUACACUAUUCACUGAAAUGCUUGUUACUUCCCAUUUAAAAAGCUACUGAUUUUUCCUCUUGGAAAAUAUACUGCCUAUUUACAUUCAAUAUGUGUAUCUGUAGCUUUUAUUUAUUGAAAUAAAUUGUGUGUUGAUA